UUUUUUUGUUAACAGCCAUUGUACUUGUUUGUGUAUGUUAAAAUGCCUAUCCGUGCAGCUGGACUUAUAAUUUUUCGUCGUCUUUCUAAUGAUAUACAAUACUUGAUGAUGCAAACGUCUUACGGAGAACAUCACUGGACUCCUCCCAAAGGACAUGUCGAUCCUGGAGAAAAUGACAUGCAAACAGCUCUACGAGAAACAGAAGAGGAGGCAGGAUUACGUGAAAGUGAUUUUAAGUUAAUGGACUACAAGAAGGAGUUGAACUACCCAGUGAAAGGCAAACCAAAAGUUGUUAUUUAUUGGCUCGCAGAGCUAAUUGACGUGAACACUGAAAUAAAACUGUCUAGAGAACACCAAGCCUUUGAAUGGGCUGGGCUUGAACGAGCUUUGGAGUUAGCAAAAUAUCCAGAUUUGAAAGAUGUGUUAAUAGAGUGCAAUACAUACUUAGCGAACCUGAGAAAGAAUCCAUGAAGAAAGUGUGCCUUGCUGAAAAUCAUGACUUGUAUCAAAGGGACCAUAUUUUAAUUGAAGUUUAAUAAAGCAUUAUGACAAAAAAUGUUAAUUUAUUGAA